CGUUCCGUUUCUUGCAUGAUGCGCACAGGUGCAUGGAAAUUCGUUCCGUUUCUCUUCAUGCACACUCUAUGCGUGCAUAGCCCAGCCGUAUGCUCCGCCUCUUCCGGUGCAUGAGACUGCAUGGAGUGCCUCAACUCGCGAGGUGAGGCAGUUCAUGCAAUUCAUGCAGUACUGCUUUUUGAAGCACGUAUUUCAAAAAAUAGAGACCGCUUCGAAAGAAAUAGAUAACGAUUGUGAUAAAUUACUUCUCUGUGAUGACUUCAAGGGUAAAUACAAUGGACAUUUCAGUUCUUGUCGGUGAAAAUGAAGAAUUAUAUUCACUAACUGUUUCAACUGAAGAAUAUGAGCAAAUAAUUAAAGGAGAUAACAAGGUACUUGAACGAUUAAUUAAUGAAGAAAAUGAAAGAAGAAGUACUACUGCGGUCCAACAAAUUAUAAAUACUAAUAAUAAAAAUUUGAAGAAUGUACAAACUACGAUAUCAUUAAAAAGUCACGUAAACAAAGACGACAAAGAUGAUGAUGGCGAAACAGAGUCAUUUAAUUGGCCAGAUAAAGCUGUUAUGCUCUUUUUCGAAUUAUAUCGUGAAAGACAACAGGAAUUCACUGUUGGGUUAAAACGCCAUAAUAAAAUAUGGGCAGAGAUUGCUUCAGAAUUACAAAACUCUAACUACAAUGUUUCUGCUGUACAAGUACAAAAUAAAAUGUCGAGUUUAAAAAGAUCGUAUAAAAAAAUUAAGGAUUCCAAUGCUAAGAGUGGCAACCAUAAUAGUUCUUGGGCAUAUUAUUCUGUAAUGGAUUCUUUAUUUAAUAAUAAAGGUUGGGUAAAUCCCCCAGCUACAGCCAGCAGUGAUGGGCCAAUUGCACCUAGUGCAUCAUCAUCUUCGUCGACAUCUUCAACAUCUCAUUCUUUAUCCCCCAUGGAUAGUUCUGAAUUGCAAGAUAACUUGUCGUUUGAACCAAAAACUAAGAAAAGGAAAGUAGAAGUCGUCUUGGAAUCUUUUAUAUCGGAUUUAAAAAGUAACAGAAACGAAAUAAAAGAAGAAAGAAGAAAAGAACGAUUAGAAAGGGAUGAACAAAAAGAGCAAAGAUGGAAAAUUUAUAGGCAAGAAAAAAAGGAAAUGCAUAAAGAAACAACAGAAAUUCAAAAAUCUCUGGUUUGCCUUUUAGGUAAACUUGUAGAGAAACAGAACGAAUCCAAAUAAGUUAAAAACCAUUUUGUAACAAUGAAAGUGCUAUCUCAAGUUUUACUUGUGCUAUUAUUCAUUAAGUUUAUUUAUAUUAAAUAAUAUUCUUAUUUUUAUGCCAAAGAUGUAUUAAUAGAUUGAAACAGUUGUAAGUUUAAACAAGUUUAUUUUUUUAUAAGCAUAAAAAACCAAAUCGCUAAUUUUAAUUCAAGUUAUCUGAUCUCAAGUUUUAUUUUGUAUUGUGUUUGCUAAUAUUAAUUAUGUAUGUUAUAAUAUUUAUAAGUAAGUGAAUUCUAAACUUUAAGUUUUAGAUUUUUGAAAUGUAUCGUAAAAGUUGCAACUUUAAGUUAGUUUAUUUAAAUACGAAAACUGUUUUCAAUGAUAUCCGCUUAAUCGAUAUUAUAAAGUUAAAAAAAAUAUAAAACAUUUAUAUUAUUUUCAUAUGUUUUGUGAUGUGAUUUUGUCAUUUUAUGUAAUUUUAUUUUAUUCAUAACUUGUAUUAUGAAAAAACUAUCAUUUUUACAUGAAUAAAAUGCUCAUAAUUAUCCA